AUAUCUUUAUAUAGGGGUUCUCCCUAUCCAGAUUGACUCUCUAUUUUUCUCUGCGCUCCAACCGGUCCCCUAAAUUUGACCCCCUAUAUUUCACACAUCCAUAUUUUACUACUAUCCUGUAACUAACAAAUUAAUUCUAACAGCUAUUUUUUUCAAUGGCUAUUUUUUCCCAACGGCUACUCUUUUGUCCAACGGCUAUAUUUUUCUAACGGCUAUUUUUUUUCUAACGGCUACUUCUUUCAACUCUACAUAUACCCGGCCAGUCCUCUGUUGCCAUUCAACAAGUCUCACUCCCUUGUAGUUCCCUCUCUGGUCGAAAUGAGUCAUCGUUUUCUCUUAGAUUCAUCGUCGUCGGAGGAGGAUGAUGAUGACGAGCUCAUUCUUGCUACACUACACCAAGCACACACUCAAUAUGCGCUUAUGAAUGCUGCACGACCUGGCGGUUCUGUGCCUGGACGUCAGUAUAUCAACCGCAACAGAGAAGCCGGGCAUUGGAGGCUAUACGAAGACUACUUUUCAGAUGCUCCUACCUACGGUCCAACUUUCUUUCGUCGCAGGUUUAGAAUGGCUCGUUCUCUAUUUCUUCGCAUACUGCAAGCUGUAGAACAACAUGAUGAUUAUUUUGUGCAGAAAAGAGAUAGAAACGGACGUCUUGGGUUAUCUCCUUUACAGAAGAUAACCGCAGCAUUUAGGAUGCUAACUUAUGGAGUAGCAGCAGAUGCUACUAAUGAUUAUAUUCGGAUUGGAGAAAGUACUGCUAUAGAGAGUCUUAAAAGGUUUGUGAAAGCUAUUGUUGAAGUCUUUGGUGAUGAGUAUCUGAGAUCCCCAAAUGAUAAUGAUACAGCUAGAUUAUUUGCAAUUGGAGAGCAAAAGGGUUUUCCCGGUAUGCUUGGGAGCAUAGAUUGCAUGCAUUGGAAGUGGAAGAAUUGCCCUGCAGCAUGGCAAGGUCAGUUUACCGGCCAUGUGCAUGAGCCCACCAUUAUUCUAGAAGCCGUUGCUUCACAUGAUCUUUGGAUUUGGCAUGCCUUCUUUGGUUUACCAGGGUCGCACAAUGAUAUUAAUGUUCUUCACCGUUCUCAUCUAUUUGCAAAGCUAGCUGAAGGGCACGCUCCAGAAGUGAACUACACCAUCAAUGGUCAUAAUUAUACAAUGGGAUAUUACCUUGCAGAUGGCAUAUAUCCUCAAUGGGCCACAUUUGUUAAGCCAAUACCAUCUCCACAAGGGAAUAAGAGGAAAUAUUUUACGAAAGCACAAGCAGCGGUGAGGAAGGAGGUGGAACGAGCAUUUGGAGUUCUGCAAGCUCGUUUUGCCAUUGUUCGUGGACCAGCACGAUUUUGGGAUCAAGACACACUAGGACAAAUCAUGACAGCUUGUAUCAUCAUGCAUAAUAUGAUCGUUGACGAUGAGCGAGAUGCAGAAGGUGACCACCAUUUCGAUGGGAUGGGAGAAUUUGCGACAGUUUCUCAUCAUCCUUCGGCUGAACUGCAAGCGUUUCUUCAAACUCAUCAAGCCAUUACUAACAGGGAAACUCACUCACAGCUUCGCGAUGAUCUAGUCGAGCACCUGUGGGAAAAAUAUGGAGGGGUGUAGUGUAUGUAGUUGUACCAAUAAAGUCAGUACCUAUCAUGUACUAUUUUUAAUUAUGUAUGCACUUGUAAUAAUGUAGUCAGUACCUAUCAUGUAAUAUUUUUAAGUAUGUAUGCAGUUGUAAUAACGUAUGGUAAUGUAUGCAAUUUUUUCAUCACACAACAACAUCGCUCAUACAACUAACAUAGAUAGUCCAUACAACUAACAUAGAGUUCGUACAACACACUAAAAGUUCA